ACCACAGAGGAGUGGCAAUGUUUCUUAAACCCCGUGCUAAACUCCAGUCCUCUCACUCGAACUUGUCCUAGAACGAACACUAGAAGGCAGUUCGACCAUACAGAAUCGAGCUGAAGGAAGUCAACACAAUCGCUGGUCGCUAGUCGGUCUGCAGAUUGUUGAUUGCAAUUGUCCACUGUAUGAGAAGUAUAACCAAAUAUUGAGACAUUGAAAAAGUACAUAUGAGAAGAUCUACCGCAAAUCUUGAGCGUAAAUUAGCUUCAUUCUUUCCGGGAUUUGGAUCGAUAGGAUGAACGAGUGAUGCCGGAGGAGUUAUCAGCGGUGAUAGAAGUCCACGCUUCAGAAAAUUAAACAUGAGGCCGCUAGGAGGGUGACAUUUCAGCUGUGUGCAUCCGAGUCCUUUCAAUGAUGGUACUUGAGCUGAGAAUGAGAGUGGGAGCGUGAGUGUAAAAUCCAAUACAUAUCGAGUGCGUUGAAGUUACUGCUAGCUAGAUCAGAGAAUUGAUUUGUGUAUACUACAGCCAGAGAGCAGCAUCUCGAGGUUCAGGGAUGAGGAUCAGGAUCAAGAGUUCGUCAACGGAGUCGAAACCAUCCAAGAAUAAGACGGGCAAGGGAGGGAGCACUCACCUUUCGAUUGAUGAGUUUGAGGCCGCUGAAGCUCACGACUUUCCUCCGACUUUUUUUGAACAAGCUACUUCCUCGCAGAAGCUAGAAUGGCUACGGUCCCAAAUAAUCGGGAGUCAGAUUGAGUUCCUAACUCCCUUCGGAAAAAGGCCUAUACUGUACGCCGAUCACACCGCCUCGGGCCGAAGCUUGCUUUUCAUAGAGAAAUAUAUCCUGCAACACCUACUUCCAAUAUACGGAAACACUCAUACGGAUGACAGUUUUGUGGGCCAACGGACUACCCAGUUAGUCGAAGAAGCUAGUGCUUAUGUCAAGAGAUGUCUGGGAGGUGUGGAAAGCGACGCACUUUUCUUUUGCGGAACCGGCUGCACUGCGGCGAUUAAGAAGCUGCAAGAGAUUAUGGGCAUCGCCAUCUCUCCCCCUCUGAGAAAGCAAACUCUCGCAACCAUUGAAGAGAAGAAGAGAUGGGUGGUCUUUGUUGGUCCCUACGAGCACCACUCCAACCUGCUCUCUUGGAGACAAAGUUUGGCCGAGGUUGUGGAGAUUCCACUGAACAAAGACGGGUUCAUCGACAUGGAUGACCUGCGAGCUGCAUUGCAGAAUCCGGUGUACGAAGGCCGGCCGAAGCUGGGUUCGUUUUCAGCUUGUAGCAACGUGACCGGCAUCGUCACCCACACACGGACCAUAUCGAAGCUUCUGCAUGCUCAUGGAUGUUUCGCCUGCUUCGACUUCGCCGCCAGUGGUCCCUACGUGGAGAUCGACAUGCGAUCGGGAGAAGAAGACGGCUACGACGCGAUAUUCUUGAGCCCUCACAAAUUCAUGGGUGGCCCGGGGACUUCUGGCUUAUUGCUCAUGACCAAGAGACUCUACCUUCUGGGAACAGGGCCUCCGUCGACGUGCGGCGGUGGCGUUGUCGACUUCGUCAACCUCGAUGAGCGGGAAACCAUUUACUACAAUAAUAUUGAGAAACGAGAGGAUGCCGGCACUCCGGGGACGGUGCAGAAGGUUCGGACUGCACUGACCUUCUGGGUGAAGGAAGUGAUGGGCACGGAUUUCAUCUCGUCGAGAGAAACGCUUCUGAUCGACACGGCCAUGUCCAGGCUCAGAGACAACCCCAACAUCAAAAUAUACGGCGCCACGACUGUCAAACGCAUCGCCAUCUUAUCGUUCUCCGUCUACUCGACGACUCUGGACCCAGCAGAAGAUUUGUAUUUUGGCCUCAAAGGAGGCAGAGGAGCAGGAAGCCCCACGCUUGCGGCUGAGGAUAGGACUAGUCCCUUGCGGUUGUUCAUGAAGGCAGGAAGGCGAAAUCCCUUCAUCUCUUCCAGUAAGACGCAUGGAUCCGGGUCCCAUCCAAUGAAAGAAUUUCUGAGCCCGAGGAAAGAGCGAGCUGCGCUUAGAGGAAAGCCUCUGCACGGUCGCUUCGUCACCAAGCUUAUGAAUGACCUUUUCGGCAUUCAGGGACGCGGCGGGUGCUCUUGCGCCGCACCUUACGCCCACUCGCUUCUGGGGAUCGACGACGAGCUGUCGCUGUCGAUACGCGACGCGAUGAUGAAGGGGUGGGGCGGCGUGAAGCCAGGAUGGGCGAGGGUGAGCUUUGCUUACUAUUCGACGACAGAAGAGUUCGAAUUUCUCGUGGCGGCCAUAGAAUUUAUCGCGCAGUACGGUCAACGAUUUCUGCAGGUCUACGAUUUUGACUGGCAGACAGGCGACUGGACUUUCCGAGAGGAGUACAGGAAGCUGAUCCACGACACCGAGAGGAUCGUCCUUGGCCGAGUCAAGCAGCACUGGUGGUCGGGCACAGAUGCACCGCCCAGUAGUUUCGCCCGGGGCCCCCAUUCGACGCAGGCCGCCAUGACCGGCAAGCUCAACCCGAGUCUCCUGAGCUACUUGCAGCUGGCCGAGUCCAUAGCCGAGUCUCUCCCAGGUCAACCCCCGAUUCGACAGAUUCCCGAAGGUCUAGAUCCAAACCUUCUCACCUUCAGGGUCUGACCCUUUUGUCCGACGUCCUCUCUGUAGAUCUACACCGUAACCAUACAGUAGACCGGACUCCAUAGCACCGCCCCCGGGGAUCUUGCGAAAGGAGAAGUGUACGCAGUACGGGAUCCUUGGACAGGUAAUUUUUCGAUCUAGGAAUCUCGGGAUGGGGCCUGAUGCGAGAGUGGUGCUGAUCGACCACCGGUGUUCACGCUCAGGGAUAACAGGGGAUUCUCCAUCUCAUAUGGAUCCGCCGUGUAGUUAUCAGGCAUUGACAGGUAUCAGCUAGAGUAGCAAGUUUCACUCGAGGACAAAUUGGGCACGGGUCACGCCAUGUGCGUCACUUCGUGGGUCAUGCAUGGGCCCUAUGCGACGGGUGCUGUCGAAGACAUGGCUGGUGCAAGCCAAUUGACACAGGCGGCGACCUUUGCCCCGUUGCCAUCAGCUGGGAUUGUAGGGUUGACUUCCAGUUAUUGGGAUACCUCAAAUGCCAUGUGUGGCAGUCAGCCCUGUUGGUUAUGGCGGACUUUAAUUGCACACAGUUGCACCCUUCAUCCUGGAACGUAUUCGGGAGGAGGAAGAAGGAACAACAACGACCACACAUGCGACUCCUGGUGCCGAGCAGGCGGAAUGAUAUGUGGAUCAGACGAUUCAAGACCACCUGGGCAAUAGGCUGCGGUGCAGUCGAGCAUCGUCACUUGUACAAAGUUGCACUACUGGAGAGGACAUUGGCGUGUGCCCCGUCGAGACUUCACCGGGAUGCACGAAAGCUGGAGAGCCAGCUAGCUCCCACACAAAAACUCUGUACAGAUUAGUCUGGAUUGUGUUUCAGAUUUUGCGCCCCCGAACUACGAGUAGUCGUAGGAGUAGCAGUCAUAGGUGUCUGGAGGAAAGGGGUACCCAGUAGUAGCUGUCACCUUUAAAAAAAUUUGUCGACCGAGGACUUUGACUUUACCCAAGAUUUCAUUCCCUUCACCCAGGGCAGGGCUUUAGGGAAGACAAGUAGCAGAUCCUUCCAUCUCUCGGAUACCCAACAAUUAAUCAUUUGUCUUAUUAUCAGCAUGUACUUUCCAGACACUUGGUUCUUUCAUGUUCAUUCUGUAAAUUACGCUUUAAUCAGUAACUGCACGUGCUCGUCGUACUUUCUC